CUGAGACAGCAGUCACGUACGUCAUCACGCCGUGCCGUCCCACGCUGUAACAAAUGUUGAGCUGACAGUUUUCGCAGUUUUCUUAGAAAAUGUCGGUGUUUCACGACGAAGUGGAGAUCGAGGACUUCGAAUACGACGAGGACACGGAGACAUUUUACUUCCCCUGUCCCUGCGGAGACAAGUUCGCCAUAACUAAAGAGGAUCUGGAGAACGGCGAGGAGGUGGCGACGUGUCCGAGCUGCUCGCUCAUCGUGAAAGUGAUCUACGAUCAGGAAUGUUUCCUGUCCGGAGAAAUGAUCGACGCUCCGUCUUCAGAAAACAAACUGGAGCUGGUUCAGACCUGAACGCCUCGUCUUCCUCUUCCUGAACGCCUCGUCUUCCUCCUCCUGAACGCCUCGUCUUCCUCUUCCUGAACGCCUCGUCUUCUUCUUCCUGAACGCCUCGUCUUCCUCCUCCUGAACGCCUCGUCUUCCUCUUCCUGAACGCCUCGUCUUCCUCUUCCUGAACGCCUCUUCUUCCUCCUCCUGAACGCCUCGUCUUCCUCCUCCUGAACGCCUCGUCUUCCUCUUCCUGAACAAACGCGCACUGCUCCUUUUUAAAUCCGAGGUUUCAGCUCAUUUAUUAGAAACAUGAACUUUUGUUCUCAGAGAAUCCAUAAUGUCUGAUUGUGAACAGCUGGUGUGUUCAGGUGCUGCUGUAACUUGUAAAUAUGUCUCAGAACAGAAUAUUAAUUUAUAUUUUAUCUUGUGAAUAUUUGUGCUUAUUUUAAUGAAAGAAGAAAUAAAACUCAUCACAUGUUGUA